AGGUAUAGAAAGAUAAUUAUGAGCUUUCAGUAGGAGAAGUUGAUCAUGAAUCCAUCUAUGACUAUUGUCUCCGAGGCUGUGGUCAGACCAGCUUCACUGUGGAAUGUAAAAAUGAAAAAGUAUACUUGCUAUAGUUUGUGGUAUAGCUCUUCAUUUUACAAGUGUCCUGUCCCUUAUGUAAACAAAUUCUAAUCUCUCUAAAUACAGCAAACCAUCGGAAGGAAAUUGUUUUGUACCUUGUUAUUUAUGAAACUUACUGUGGCAAACUGCUCCUAAAACAGCUUAAACUAUGACUGAAUACAUGCUAGAAAUUCAGGCUAAAUAUGAUAUUUCUCCUUAUUUUUUUCAGGAAAUAAAUGACUUGUGUUUUUAGAAUCUCAAGAAAUUUACUUUCUCACACAGAAAAUGUUUUACAGUUUGUUAAACACAUUUGUGCAUGUGUGUUAUGUGUGUUCUUAAAUCAUAUGUGGUGGUGGGGAGUGCCAAACAGUGUUACCCCACUGAACUGAUGAAUGUCUGUCUGUCUUCGUUAGAUCAUUCUUACCUUACUGAUAUCUCUUCCUAUUUCCUUACCCAGCUAUGCUGUUAUUGCCUAUGGCUGUGCCAGCUGCCCAAAGCUGACCUGUGAGAGGGAAGGCUGCCAGACUGAGUUCUGCUACCACUGCAAACAAAUAUGGCACCCAAAUCAGACAUGCGAUAUGGCCCGUCAGCAGAGGGCGCAGACUUUGCGAGUACGGACAAAGCACACUUCAGGUCUCAGUUAUGGGCAAGAAUCGGGACCAGAUGACAUCAAGCCAUGCCCACGAUGUAGUGCUUACAUUAUUAAGAUGAAUGAUGGAAGCUGUAAUCAUAUGACCUGUGCAGUAUGUGGCUGUGAAUUCUGUUGGCUUUGUAUGAAAGAGAUCUCAGACUUGCAUUACCUCAGCCCCUCUGGCUGCACAUUCUGGGGCAAGAAGCCAUGGAGCCGUAAGAAGAAAAUUCUUUGGCAACUGGGCACAUUGAUUGGUGCUCCAGUGGGGAUUUCCCUCAUUGCUGGCAUUGCCAUUCCUGCCAUGGUCAUCGGCAUUCCUGUUUAUGUUGGCAGGAAGAUUCAUAGCAGGUAUGAGGGAAGGAAAACCUCCAAACAUAAGAGGAAUUUGGCUAUCACAGGAGGAGUGACUUUGUCGGUCAUUGCAUCCCCAGUUAUUGCUGCAGUUAGUGUUGGUAUUGGUGUCCCCAUUAUGCUGGCUUAUGUCUAUGGGGUUGUGCCCAUUUCUCUCUGUCGUGGAGGCGGCUGUGGAGUUAGCACAGCCAAUGGAAAGGGAGUGAAAAUUGAGUUUGAUGAAGAAGAUGGCCCAAUCACAGUGGCAGAUGCCUGGCGAGCCCUUAAGAAUCCCAGCAUUGGAGAAAGUAGCAUUGAAGGUCUGACCAGUGUCUUGAGCACCAGUGGAAGCCCUACAGAUGGACUCAGUGUAAUGCAGGGCCCAUACAGCGAAACAGCCAGCUUUGCAGCCCUCUCAGGGGGCACACUUAGUGGUGGCAUUCUUUCCACUGGCAAGGGAAAAUACAGCAGGUUAGAAGUCCAAGCCGAUGUCCAAAAGGAAAUUUUCCCCAAAGACACAGCCAGUCUUGGUGCAAUUAGUGACAACGCAAGUACUCGUGCUAUGGCCGGUUCCAUAAUCAGUUCCUACAACCCACAGGACAGGUAUAGCAUGACCCAUGCAUGAUUCAGCAUAGUGGGUUUUGUCUCCACAGAGAAUGCAACAAUAUGGAAAUCCAAGUGGACAUUGAAGCCAAACCAAGCCACUACCAGCUGGUGAGUGGAAGCAGCACAGAGGACUCGCUCCAUGUUCAUGCUCAGAUGGCAGAGAAUGAAGAAGAAGGUGGUGGUGGUGGCAGUGGCAGUGGCAGUAACGAAGAGGAUCUCCCCUGCAAACACCAAAGCUGUGAACAGAAAGACUGUCUGGCCAGCAAACCUUGGGACAUUAGCCUGGCCCAGCCCGAGAGCAUCCGCAGUGACCUGGAGAGCUCCGAUACGCAGUCAGAUGAUGUGCCAGAUAUCACUUCAGAUGAGUGUGGCUCCCCUCGCUCCCAUACUGCAGCCUGCCCCUCAACUCCCAGAGCCCAAGGUGCGCCGAGCCCAAGUGCCCAUAUGAACCUCUCUGCCCCAGCUGAGGGGAAGACUGUCUUGAAGCCAGAAGGUGCAGAAGCCAGAGUAUGAAGUGGAAUGAAUGCUCCUGUUCUGAGAAGCACACUUGUUGUAACUGCAUCUUUUGGAAUCUUUCUUUUGGGGGGUGGGGGUGGAGAUUUAUGUAUUUUAUUUCAAAGAUUCUCUGGUCACAGGUUUUCCCCAGGGAAAUUCUGAGAAAUUUACAGUUUCUUACAGAUAAAACAUGGGAAAUUUUGCCCUUAGUCCCACAUCCUACUAUCCCCCUUUUUUUAAGUUUUAAUUUAUUGGUUAAACUAAUGGUGGCAAUCCAUGAGGUGUGUCAAAGAGUGUACAGAUGUAUGUGUGUAUAUUGUAUGUAUGCUAACAUUACUGAAGGACACAUUUUAAUAAAGAUUUCUGUUGUAAUUCAA